AUGGCCUCCAAGCUGGGCACCAAGGCCGCGGCGGCGUCGCCAGCGGCUGCUCACCGGGGAGGUCUCGCCCGCGGGCCGCAGGGUAGGAGCUGCGUUGCCUUCGGACCAGCAGCGUCCAGGACCAAGGGGCUGCGCGCGGUCAACAACUCCGUGACGCCCAUGGCCAAGGAAGAGAGGGUUGAUCGAAGUGAUAUAUUUGAAUUGGAUAGCAUUAGACAAGUUUUGAUUAGACUAGAAGACAGCAUCAUAUUUGGCCUCUUGGAGAGAGCCCAGUAUUGUUACAACGCUGAUACAUAUGAUAGCAAAGCUUUCCACAUGGAUGGUUUUGAAGGAUCUUUGGUUGAAUAUAUGGUUAGAGAAACUGAAAAGCUCCAUGCACAGGUUGGGAGAUAUAAUAGCCCAGAUGAGUACCCUUUCUUUCCUGAGGAUCUGCCUGAGCCCCGGUUGCCACCUAUACAAUACCCAAGGGUUUUGCAUCCCGUUGCUGAUUCUAUAAAUAUCAACAAAGAGAUUUGGAAAAUGUAUUUCGAUGAACUUCUUCCAAGACUGGUGAAAGAAGGAAGUGAUGGUAAUGCUGGAUCCAGUUCUCUUUGUGACACGACCUGCUUGCAGGCACUCUCUAAAAGGAUCCACUAUGGGAUGUUUGUGGCAGAGGCCAAGUUUCAGGAGUCCCCUGAAGCUUACAUGCCAGCCAUAAUAGCCCAGGACCGUGAUCAACUCAUGCACCUUCUCACAUAUGAAACGGUGGAGCGUGCUAUCGAACAGAGGGUGGAAGCCAAAGCCAAGAACUUCGGGCAAGAGGUGAACAUCGGUGCUGAGGACAGCGGCAACCCACCGGUGUACAAGAUGAGGCCGAGCUUGGUCGCCGAGCUGUACAGCUACAGAAUCAUGCCGCUAACCAAGGAGGUUGAAAUCGCGUACUUGCUUAGGAGGCUGGAUUGA